GUGACGAUUGUGAGUUCGACAGUGUUAUUCGAAUUUCUGAUCUUCUUCGACUGCAGACUGUUGAUGUUAUGAUACGUCUAGUUGACGAGUUUGUGGUUUCAGGUCAAAGUAUCCAAAGUAUUAGCAUUAGAGAUGAGUCUAGACCCCCCACUAUUGUCAACAUUGAUGGUUGUACUCACUUGAAACUCUUGCUUUUGAUGUCUGAUAAUAUGACUGACACACAAUUCCAUCACCUUCUCUCAAAGCUGCCUUUGCUCGAGGAACUUUAUCUUUUUCAUUGUUAUAAACUUGAAGAAAUAAAGAUUUCAAAUCCUAAACUCAAGACACUAGUGGUUUCCCUUGAAUGUCAAACCUCUCUCAAGAUUCUAGAAAUUGCAGCACCAAGUUUGAAAAGUUUCAUCUUUACUUCUGGUGUUUUCGAUCCAAAUUCUUGUAAGAUCAAGGUGGCAGACUGUUGUUGUAGUUUGGAAACCUUGGUGUUGUUUAAGUAUUUUGCCGCGGAGGGAGCUAUUCAGAAUCUUAUUUCAAAAUUUCCAUUGCUUGAGAAUCUCUGGAUCAUUGGCUUUACGGAGUUGGAAAGGAUGAGCGUUCAGAAUCUUCGACUCAAGAGGCUGCAUAUUGCUGGAUGCUUAAAUUUGAAAGCAGUGGAGGUUUGUAGUCCAGAUUUAUUUGAGUUUCACUGUACAGGUCGUGAGUCACCCAAAUUUUCAGUAGCUGACAUGAAGGCAUCUGGUGGCUUGAAGUUUGAGGAUGAGACUAGCAGGAUUUGGUUGAAAAGAUUUAAGAGGAUGCUAAUAAAUAUUGUUGGAAUAAAAGAUGAUGAGAUUCUUGGGAUGAUUUAUGUUGAAUGAACUUCUAUAUUAAAUUAUCCGACUUAUAAUUUGUUUGUCAUCAUAAGAAACUUUAGAAAUUUACGUAUCAAGUUGUUGGGGUUUCUGUUUCCAGUUUAUCAGGUUUUGAGGAGUUGUUAUUCUGAACCACCUGUUAUUAUUAUU